GUUGACGGAGAUUACAUGACCGAGAGUGUUCUUAAAGAAAUAGAGACAAAUAAUGAAGGGCCAUAUUCAACCUAAGGAGAAUGCCACGGCUGCUAGUAUAUACCUACGUUGCCAUUAUCUAAAACACGAUGAACGGCGUAAUUUGGAAUAAGAACAAGGAGGAUUUCGUGCCAAUUUCUAGUGUGCCGAUGUUUGCCAUAUUGCAACAAGAACGUCUUAGACAAAGUCGAACAUUAGAAACUCACGAUUUCCAACUGCAAAACUUGACUUUAACAUCUUUCGAGGAACCGUAUUUCCUCGAAUUUUAUGACAAUGAUAUGAAAGUUACAGGAAUCUGCGGUGAAUUAUGGACUCUUCUUUCUGAAAAAUUGAAUUUUACAUUGCAACCCGUAAGAUCAAAUGUAAGUGGCAUGGGUGCAUCAGAAAAAUACAGAAACUCUACCAUUUUUAACCAGGGAUUAUUAGGCGUAAUUUCGCGCAAUGAAACUAUUGCGAUACCCAAAGUCGAAAUGUACAAUAGUCGACGUAUAGCUAUUGAUUUUACGAUAUCUUUAUGGAUGAAUAGUUAUCGAAUGUAUAUUCAAAAUAAGAUAAUAUAUGACAACACGUGGAUGACGAAAGUGUUUUCCUGGGAAAUAUGGUGUCUUAUAUUGGUCAUGUAUUUAUUAUUGAGCGCAUGCAGUUUUUGGUCACAAACUGUUUUCGCGCGAACUCGAAAUAGAGAAAGAAGGCGCUCGACUAUCAGCGAUCACAUUUUUUAUAAUUUUGGAAUGUUCUGCAAUCAGACCUAUAUUCCGGAAGAUUUCAUUGGAAGAUCAAGAAUAAUAGAAGUAACGUUGGGUCUCUUUUGUCAUAUGUUGUCCAUGGGAUUUGGAGCUUUGUUAUUCAUUUAUUUAGCAAAAAGAUUUAACUUUAAUCCGCCGUUUAAUGAUUUGAACUCUUUGACGACCGAUACUAAAUAUAACAUUGUUACUUUGAAAGGUUCUACUGGAGAUAUCCUUUUUAAGAUGGCGACUAGCAAGCCUUAUGUACAAUUAAGGAAGACAAAACGCAUCGUUAUUGCAUCAACAAAUAAGGAAAUGUUUAAAUUAAUAUGUAUGAAAGAUAAAAAGAAAUAUAUUUUGGUUCAAGGUGAAAAUGAAUUUAAAGUAAGAGGUCAAAUUGGAUGUCACGUAACCCCAGUUGGAGAAUAUUUGAUAAAGACGUGGGUAACUUCUGGCAUUGCGAAGAACUUUAAAUACAAAAGGACAAUCGAUCUCGGGAUUAUCAGAUUAAAAGAAGUUGGAUUGUGGAAUGCAUUAACAGAUCGUUGGUUGAUAGAAAAAUACCGAUAUACCAGGCUCAUAAGAACGAGAGCGAUUAGAUUCGAUCAAGUUUCUUUAAUAAUUUUAAUGUUUUUUUGUGGAGUAAUAACAGCUCUUAUUAUUUUCAUAAUCGAAAAAAUUGUGUAUACUUGUGAACGCUAACUGUCGUGAUUUUUUUCUUAUAUUACUAAUAUCACAAAUGUCUGAAAUAGCAAAAUGUUAUCAAACAACGUUUUAAUAACAUUUUAAUGUUUUUAACAUCAAUAAGACGCCAUUGAAAUGUCAUUUACAUCACCUUGCUACUAGAGAUAUUUUGCAAGAUUUGGUAUUAUUAUUUAAAUUUUGAAAAUGUUAUUAUAUUUACAUUACGAAUGCUAUUAAGCU